AUGGCAUCGAUGCCACGAUCUGUGCUCCGCGACAUGCUUGUCACACGAUACAUUCCGAACACGGAAGAAGUGGAACGCGAAGAGCUGGAAACAGUGCGCGCUGGUUGCUCGGUGGUCCAGCCGAAACGCGCAUUGCACAACGAGGACCUCAUCGAAGGGAAUGGAGAAGAUGUGGAGCUCGUCGAAGAUGAGAACUAUCAGUCUGUGCACCGAAUUGACGAGACACCAAAACUAAUCAUCAAACGACAACCAAUAAUCCGAGAUGAAGCUGCUAAGGUGCUCAAUAUCCUACAGAAAACACCAGUUGAAACAUUGCGCACUGAGAAGCACGACUAUUUCAUGACACGUUGGUUCCAUACUUCGCGCGACUCGGAGAAAGAACUUGUCGAAUACGUUCUGCUUCAUCCUAACUGUCGGCCAUACUUCUUUGCGAUGCAGUGCCGACAACUCGCUAUUGAUGAUCUUCCGGAGCUUAUUCUGAAAUCACUCCUAUCCGAGCCAAAAGAAACCGGCCAGAGCCUCGCGAGAUUCGCGAUACGGACGACGACUGUGAUGCCGUUCCACGUUCUGUACGAACUGUUGGAGAACAUGGUGGUGCAGAAUGAAGGGUUCCAGAUAUCCGAUGAGAUAAUCACCGCAUCGAUAACUCCACCCGGUGGUAACAGAAAAACCACUCGCCGCCUCCAAACGAGAAACUGCAAAGAAUACGGAGAAUUAGAGCCAGUUCUUGACGAGCACGGCGACCUGGUUGCUUCGUCGGCUUCAAUUACAUGCUCUGUGGAACGAAAACGCCAUGUGCAAGUGCAAAUCACAUAUGUGAACAAUUCGAGCUCGAGAGGUUCCAGAAUCAAAUUUAUCGAAUUGGAACAGACGGUCAGAUGCAUGAAUCGGAGAGUGCUCAUCGUGGAAGAGCCAGUUGAAUUAGUCGAAUUUGAAGUCGAGAAAGAUAUGAUUCCCCUGAAAGACGGGGUCCCGCCAGUGGAAGAUCUCAUUUCAUACCUCCGGUCUUUCGAUGAGUACCAGUAUAGUGAUUAA